GACGUCACUGAUAGCGACCGCCGGCUAUUCGCUGUAGUGGAGGCGCUCCGGGGACAUGGCGUCUUCAAUCUGGAAAGGGCUGGUCGGGGUCGGUCUCUUUGCAUUGGCACAUGCGGCUUUUUCAGCGGCUCAGCAUCGCUCGUACAUGAGAUUGACCGAAAAAGAAGAUGAGACAUUACCGAUAGAUAUAGUCCUACAGACCUUACUGGCAUUUGUAGUCGCCUGCUACGGCAUAGUCCAUAUUGCUGGAGAGUUUAAAGAUAUGGACGCCACUUCAGAGCUGAGGAACAAGACCUUUGAUACAUUAAGGAACCACCCGUCAUUCUAUAUUUUCAACCACCGGGGGCGAGUAAUGUUCCAAUCCCCAGAAACAGAGUCUCAACAAAAUCAGCCUGGCUUUAUAUCCAACGCAUCACUGAAGUUACGAAAACUAGAACCGAUGCAACGCUGAAAAAAAUCGAUUUCUAGAACAGAACAUUGUGAUAACAUCAGAGUCCGAGGUGGAAACAGUGUUUAUUAUUAUUUUUUUUUUUUCUCAACUAUUCUGGAGCAAUAUUUAUAUUGAUCUUCCAGACUUUUUAAGAUGAGAAAUGAGGACUUUGUACACUUCUGAGGAGGACUGUGUGGUGGACGAGCAAUGCACUGUAACUUAUUGCUACGAUUAUGCUGUAAAACUUGUCUUUUAUCUUGAAAACAUUACCUAAUGCUGCAGCUCGAAUAAAGUGGCUUGAAUAAGAGAGAACCGGUGAGGUUUGUUCAGAAUUCGUAUGUGGUUUAUCUAGAAAUCAGUUUAGUCCAAAUUUCCCUCCAGCCAGAAAUGACCUUUAAGACUUGUUGCUGCUCUGUCAUAUUGUCAAUCACCCGCAUGUAAUCAUUAAAUGCCUGGUCAUGUACUGACACCUUGAACCGCGCUCUGCAAACUGUGGAACUACAACUCUCAGCUUGUUCUGACAACCUAUCUAGUACCGCUAAUGUCUGGCCUGUGCCAGCCAUAGUUUCAAAGGGAAAUACAGGAGCAGCCUGACAAUUUGCGGCACUCCGCAUGCUGAUCCCGCAGCCCGGCUGCUCUGUGUAUGGUCACCCUCGGAGCAUGGUAGUUUUGCAGCAGCUGAAGACUCACAGUUGCAGAUGACUUAGGUUUAGAGAUGAGCAUUCUUUAUCCACGAGGGGCUGUCCCUGCCGCUAAAGAAUCACCUCCUUGCUGCUUGAUUGACAGGGCUGGACAUCU